AUGGUCCAAGGCAAAGGCAACCACCGUUUUGUAAGUGGAGCAGAGGAGAAAGUGGUGAGAGUUUUCGAGGCUCCUCUAUCUUUCUUGAAGACACUGAGGCACACUUGUGCCGGAGGAGAAGGAAGCUUCCCUGAGGAGUUACAAGCAGAUGUGCAGGUCCUUGGCGCGAAUAUGUCUGCCCUUGGUUUAUCACAGAAACCUAUCUACUUACACUCUUCUAGUGAACCGCUGGAGAGAAAUGGAGGAGGAGAAGGUUUGGAUACAUUUGAAACGGUGCCAGAGGCUGCUCCAGCAGAGUUGAAGGAGCCUCCAAUAGAAGAUCAACUUGCGUUUCAUACUUUAUGGCCUGAAUCUCAUAAACUCUAUGGUCAUGGUAAUGAGCUCUUUUCUCUCUGCUGUGACCACAAUGGAAGCCUUAUUGCUUCAUCGUGUAAGGCCCAGUCUGCAGCCAUGGCGGAGAUAUGGCUAUGGGAAGUUGGGACAUGGAAAGCUGUUUGUCGUUUGCAAUCUCACAGCUUGACAGUUACACACUUGGAGUUCUCUUAUGACGACACUCUGCUCUUGUCUGUCUGCAGAGAUCGUCACUUCUCAGUUUUCUCAAUUCAAAGAACAGACAGCGGCGAGGUUAGUCACAAACUGAUGGCAAAAGUUGAAGCACACAAGAGGAUCAUCUGGGCAUGUUCAUGGAACCCAUUUGGCCACCAGUUUGCAACUUCAUCAAGAGACAAGACUGUGAAGAUCUGGUCAAUCGAGAAAGAUGCUCGCAUCAAACAGGUUCUUGCUUUGCCUCAGUUUGGGAGCAGUGUCACUGCCGUGGCGUGGACGGGACUAGACCACGAGGAGAAGAGUGGUUGCAUAGCGGUUGGGAUGGAGAGUGGACUGAUAGAGCUGUGGAACAUAAAGAUUAAAGAAACAGAGGAAGAAGGUACAACAGCAACUGCAGCACUUGCUCUGAGGAUGGAACCGUUCAUGUGUCAUGUCUCAGCUGUGAACCGGUUGGCUUGGAGACCAACUGAAAAGUCGGAGAGUAACCAGAGCCUGCUAAGGUUAACUUCUUGUGGGGAUGAUAACUGUGUCAGAGUUUUUGACUUCAAGUUUUGAGUUAGAACACCAAAGCACCUGGUAGUGUGUUAAUAUCAUGAUUCAUGACCAUAACUCACUUUCUUUCCCUAGUCACUGUACUAUAUAUUAAGUUGUCUGUAUAAGAAAAAAUAAUAGAGGACUUCACCUUUCUUAAGCUGUUUCAAGCUCUGGUCAUUUUUGUCUGUUGAAAAUGUAAUCAGGGAGAGACAACAAAGGAACAGAUUAGCCUAGUGCUUUAUUGAUGGCUUGCGGCCUACGUUAUGUAGGGGAUGGAUGGUUCAAUCUUUGAACUUCAAAGUGGCGGCCUGUCAACCGCAA